AUGGGAUCAGUUAGAGCUACAGGUAGUUCUACUACGACUCCACCUCCUUCUAAUCAUUACUUCCUAUCACCACAGAUAUCUCCAGCUCAGCGAUUAUAUCUUCAGCCGCUAGCUUCAUUAUCUUCACCUGAAGUUAGACAAACUUUACAUCCACACCACCAUCAUCACCACCAGGAACAACAUCCACCAUGGAAGAAACUUCUAUAUUUGAAACAACCAUAUCCUGAUAAUUAUACAGACAAGUCAUUCCUUUCUCAACUAAAGCGAAAUACAACAGUUGUCAAGUAUUCUUAUAUAAAGUUAGUUGAAGAUUUUUCAUUAAUCAUUUUCCAUAUUUCAUGUAUUCUAUUGGUGAUUUUAACUUUUAAAGGAAUUUAUAUUCAUAAUUGGGAUCCAAUUAAACCGACGAUAUUAAGUAGUGCAAUCUGGUUAUUAUUAUCAACAUCAACAUCAAACAAUGAUAGAAUCAAUAUCAAAUCAUUCAUAUUAAUAAUCUUUAUAUUAUUAAUUCUAUCACCAGUAUUAAAAUCAUUAACAAAAUCAACAUCUUCAGAUUCUAUUUGGGCAAUAUCAUUUAUGUUAUGUGUUGCUAAUGUAUUACUACAUGAUUAUACUAUGAAUGCUGCUAAUACUUGGAGAAGAUUAACUCCUCAUCGACCAAUCAUAUCUACGAAUAUUUCAUUAUCAAAUGCAAUAGUAUUAGCAUCAAGAUUAAAUUCCACAAUUGAAGUGUUUCUGUUUAUUUUAUUUGCAAUUCAAAUUGGGAUUAUAUUACCUUUAUUUGAUGCUAAAUUAAGACAAUUGAAUUAUAAACAAGUUCAUUUAUUAAUAUUCAUUAUAUUAUUUAAUUUGGUUAAUUAUAUGAUGUAUUCAAUAUUGGAUUAUAAAUUCUUAGUUUAUUGGAUUAUUGGCGCUAUUACGAUGAUUAUAAUUAUACCGGCAUACUUCUUAUCAUUACAACGAUAUAAGAAUGAACUUCAAGGUCCUUGGGAUACUGCAAGACCAAUACUAAAUAGACCUGAUUAG